CACAACGAUUCAAGUAAUACAAAGGCAUGUUAGUAAAAACGAAGAAUGGGCGUUUAUUGUAAGACUAAUUUUUACAUACAGCAUAUAUUGGUUUCAAUGUUGGGUUAUGACUUAUGAAGGACAAUGCUGUACAGGGCAUGGAGAGCAACUAGCUUUGCGACGCCACCCAACGGUUACAAAUUUUCGUUUCGUUACUUGCAACCUAGUAAACUCUGCCCAUGAAAGUUACAUGCAAGUUGUGGGGGAACUUCUCUAUUUGACUGUAUUGUUGACCUCCAGAACCAUGCUAUAACUGUAGCAGCCAUAAAAGCUAGACUGUGCUUGCUCUGUUACUCCAAAACAAUCCGGCUUGUCUUAGAUUCAAGAGCACAGCCCAGUUAAUGGUGAUGUUGUCCGCUGAUAGCAAAGAUACGAGAAGCAGGCAAUCUGCAAAUGUUGUAGAUACUGAUUUUCAAUGGGGGAAAAUGCCACAGCAAGAUAUUUCUGGUCAAUUUACCAGGUCUAUGAUGGAAAUGAGAAAACCUAAAGCUUUCGAACAAUCUGAGCCUCCUCCGUUAUACAAUCAUGACAGGAAAAGUGUUUCUCCACCGAAAGAAAUUGAUGUUCCUCAAUGUCCAAUUGUUGCUCACACCAUAAAACUCAUGAAGUAUAUGAGAAAGGUGCAUUAUUUAAUUUCAAGGCUCGAUAAUCGAUCUAUUCAUGGGUUCAGCAUACAGUGUAGAGAGUUGUCAUCUCCUCCUCCUUUUGAAUCAGAAAAUUCCAAAUCAGUAGGUUCCAUAACGAGAAGAAGUCGAUCAUCAUCAUCUGGGAAAAGUGACACAGAAGAAAAUUUUUUAUUUUCUGCUCCAAAAGAGCAAUCUAAAUUUAGACUUGGAACAAAAACCUCUCAUUUUCCUCAAAUGGAUGAUGCCACGUCAUCCAGAAUACUGAAGCGGUCUGUCGCCACAGUUGCGGUGCAUACUGGAUACGUUGAAUCAACAUCAUCCGCUCUCGAUGUUUUGACUGGAGUUGCUGAAGCAUAUUUAAUAAGUUUCUCAAAAUCAUUGAGACAUUCUGCGGACAUUGAGGCUCAGACAGGAAAAACUGCAUUCUAUGACCCCCUUGAUCAAGCAUUGCAUGAAAGCGGAAGUUCAAGCUUAAAAGACAUUGAAAAAUUUUGGCAAACAAAGAUUAUCAAUAGGCAUAAAUUGCUGCAAAAACAAGCAGAAAAACUGGGCAGAACAUUGACGUCAAUGAAAUAUGCAAGGCCUGAAGAAGUAAAGAGACAAGUGAAGCCUGAAAACAUAACAUCUUUCCCAUCAACAUAUGGAAAGUGGACUCCAGUGACAGGAAUGAGUUCAAGUCCAUUUUCAUCUGGACGAACAACAGAUACAUCCAGUGCAAUAGGUUGGGAAGAGAAAUCAAUAAAAAAUGAACCAAGGGAUAAUAUGUCGGCAAUGCAGCAAUCGCAAUCAUCUAAUGUUUCAUUCAUAAAACAAGACUCUUCAAGAAAUAUAAACAAUGAAUACUUUGACUUCUCCUCAAAGAGUCCGAGUACUGAUAUAUUGAACUCUGAUAGAAAUGUAUCGGGACAAAGUGAUGAUCAAUUUUGUUUGGAAGAUCAGCAAGGUUUGUAUGGUAUUGAUGAUUACAGACCUUCAAGAAAAAAAUCGAGAAAUAUGUAACGCUUAAAUUGUGUUUUUCAACCUUUGCUGUGUACAAAACUGGAAACACACAGCCACUAUACAUGGGGAGCCCUAAUUUGAAACGUCAUACUUUUUCCAAUUCAGCAUUGGCCAUAAUUGCACCUGGAACCAUAAAUUGUCUCGUUAUUUUAAUAUUCUGUGCUGUUAAUUUUAUGACAUGCUUUUGUUCACCAUAUCAUUGAACUGUUCUGUGAGCUUGUGACUGGUAUUCAUUUAAUGAUACAAUGCAUAUACCCAACUAAA